GUACCAAUAUGUCAUCGGAUGUAGUUUGUAAAAUAUAUAGUGAUCGGCCCAUUUAACCCUGAGCCUAACGCUCAAUUUAUUGGCGGACAGCCCCAUCUCCCAUAGGCCAGCCGCCUGCUGACGGCGCCUUUACUGGUACGCGUGACAGUGUCGAUGCUGGUGACAGUCCAUCAUGGAAGGGAAAACUGGCUUCGCUAUGGCCCGAAUGCCGAUGGUUAUCUUCCUCGGAACGUUCUUUCCUCGUGAUGCGACUCUUUUGGCCAUCAGUAACAUCCUCUUCGACUCCUCAGUCCAAGCUCGUGGAUAGUGUGAGUAAUAGAGUUUUCUAUGCUUUUUUUUGCAUGGCCCGGCUUGGAUGGAGCACGAGCAGACGCGACCGCUCUGCACCGCACCGCAGAGCAUCUUUCCUGUCACGCCGAGCGGGCUCCCCAGCAGGUACCUCCUGCCGAGUCCAACGCCCAAGGCAUCUCCGGAGGAGAGGGCUGGAGCGCUCACUCGUCGCAAGGAGGGCAUCAGGCUAGCUUGCGUAACCAGUCCCAGCCUCCACCUGGGACGCAUGUGGGCGCGUUUCCAGCUGGACAAGCACGCGAUGACAAGCAAGUAUGCAGUGCCUCUGUUGAUCACGAGGACAUCAUAUGGGCCACCAUCCCGGAGUGGCUGCUCAGCUUGACGCAAGAUGGACAUCCCACCCUGUGCGCUACGCAAGCAUCGAACGAUUCUAACAGGCACGCCACAAACAAUACACGAGCUUGGAGAUCAGAGUCGAAGCGAAUGCUGCUGCUGCCGCCGCAAUGAGUCAA